UGUAUUUUAUGGAUACCAAUAAUUUUUUGUUUUCAAAAGUAGUAGUUGGCUGUAGUGUGUGUUGGUGUUUAAGUUGUUUGGAUAGUAUUUGCGAGUGUAAUUAAUUUUUGUUUAAGUGGAAUAAUUACCGUAAUCUUAUAACAACCACCAAAACCUCUUUGAAAAUUCGGACAUGCCUAGAACCUACAUAAAGAAGAUUGGACCCAGUCAAUUAUUCAAGUAUUCGGAAGCUGCUAUGGCAAUGGCCAUCAGAGAUGUACAAGAAGGUGUGAGUAGUAUUCGUGCAGCGGCAGAAAAACAUAAUGUCCCUAAAAGCACGCUGGCUGACAAAGUAAACUGUAAACAUUUGAUGAAACAUGGGAGGCCUACAGCUCUCAGUAAUGAUGAAGAAGCAGAGUUAGUGAGAGGUCUAAUGAUUUCUGCAGAAUGUGGUUUUCCACUUACACCAUCAAAUGCCUGUGAUAUAGUUCAGUCUUAUUUGAACAGGGAAGGUAAAAGUGAAAAACAAUUUAACGACAACCACCCUGGUCGUGAAUGGGUAUCUCAGUUCCUUAAGCGACACCCUCAGCUGUCUGUUCGGUUGUGUGAAAAUGUAAAGCGUGUUCGCGCUGAAAUAUCACCAGAAAUAGUGAAUGCAUAUUUCAACCACUUAGAAGAAACACUCGCAGACAUUCCACCGGCCAACAUCGUCAACUAUGACGAAACAAACUUUACAGACGACCUGGGAAAUGAACGUGUGAUUGUUAGACGGGGAACUCGGCAUCCGGAGCAUGUUAUUGACACUUCUAAAACCUCUACCAGUGUCAUGAUGGCAGUUGCAGGUAAUGGAACAUUACUUCCUCCCUAUGUAGUUUACAAAGGUACAUAUGUAUAUCCGACAUGGGUAGAAUGUGGGAUUGAAGGGUCCCGCUACAACAGCAACAAAAGUGGUUGGUUUGACAUGGAACUGUUUGAAGACUGGUUCAUGACAAUUUGCUUCCCCUAUUUGCGGAAACUCGAAGGACGAAAAGCUGUCUUGGGUGACAACCUUGCCAGUCACAUUUCAGUACAGGUAGUAAGGGUGUGUGAAGAAAAUGACAUUGCAUUUAUUCUUCUCCCACCUAACUCCACACAUUGGAUGUAUCGUUCUUUCGUCCAAUGAAACAAGCUUGGCGAGUUGUUCUAAAAGAAUUGAAACAACAGAACCGUGGGGUGCUUCCAAAGGCACUAUUUCCAAAAAUGUUUAAGAAGGCAUUGGAACAAGUUGAUGCGAAUUGCUCCAGUAAUAUAACUUCAGGAUUCAGAGCAUGUGGAAUCAUUCCCUUGAACUGCAAUGCUGUGUUACAACGGAUGCCAGGCCAAGUAGAGGUAAGAUCAACAAUGGUAGAAGAAAACGACAUUCAAAUGGCAGGCAACUCUUGGACAGAUUCUUUCGUGCAGCUCCUCCAAAAGUCACGUGGUUUUGGUUCAAGCAAUGCUUCUCAACCUCAAAAAACAACAGCUGGACGUGGGCAAAGGUUGCUUGUGAAACCUGGUCAAAGCGUAUGUGAAAAAGAUGUGCUAGGGCAGAAGAUGAGAAAGAAAAUUGUCACCAACAACAUCAUGACAGAUGCAGUAGAUGAGGAAAUUAUAGAUGAUCCUCAGCAUAUGGACGAAGAUGAACUUGUAAGAGAACCAACAACUGCAGCCAGCACAAGUUUUGAAGUGGUGGACCAGCAGAGAGCAAUUGGUCAAGUAGAAAAUGAGGACUUUGUGCUUGUCAAGUUCAUAACACAAAGUGACCAGCGAGAAAAACGGUAUGUUGGGCAAGUCAUUUCACAACAAGAAGACAAUUAUGAAGUAACAUUCAUGAGGAAAAGAAAGAGCAAGAAAGAGGAUUAUUUUGUCUUUCCUGAUGUUCCAGACAUUUUCUCCAUGACAAAAUCCCAAAUUCUGUCCAAAUUAGUUGGUAGGAAUUUGAGAAGAGGAUGUAUAGUGUUCCGUGAAAUUUUUUGUAAUGCCCGAUGGCAUUGUUAUUUCAGCAAACAGUUUUACAUUUUCAUAAUCUCCACUGUAUUUCUAAACUACCUGUCUGUGAAGAUUCACGGGAACAUUGAA